GACUGGGAUAAACUGCAGAGGUUCCUACAACAUGAUAAACAAGUAUUAAGAUUUUACUGCUUGUCGUCAAUGCCUGAAUAUUCUCUUGGUAAACAUGGAAAAGCAAGGUAUUUGAUUUGUUAUUAUCUAGCAGAUGGAAGUAUAGAAGUUAGAGAGGACCCUCAGGACUUUGUGGAGAGAAAAAAUUGCAAAAAGUUUCUUUCACGAAGAAAACUUCCAAAGACUCGAACUGGCCAGGCCGACCAUUUCCCAAGUAUGGAGGCAAACAAGGACUUCUUCUCCCCCUCGGACUUCAUGAUCGGGACUACCAUCAACAUCUUGAACAAGGACUUCUUCAUCUUCGACAUGGACCCAUUCACCAAAGAUUUUUACAGUGAAUUUGUUGGACAUGACAAACUUGAAGCUAUUCCCAUUCAUCCUCUACCAUCUCCAUCCUUACCUUUACAGGUUCCUCCUCACUCCGGGCUGAAGAUUGGAACAUUUCAAGAUUCUCUUCAGAAUUGUUUAAAGCUGACACCUCAACCACCCAAACUACAAUUAAAGAAAAAACUAGAUUUGGCCGGGAAAAAACUAAGGUUUGAGCUCUCCCUGGUUUCCCCCCACCCAAGAGAUAAAUACCGCAGGUUUAUCCUAACCUACCAUCUAGAGGACGAUUCUAUUUCCAUAUUUGAAAACGCUCUUCCUAACUCCGGACUCAGGGAUGGCAGGUUUAUGGAACGUAAGCAGGUCUAUAUCCCUGGAUCAGCUAGUAUAGAUAAGAGGAGUCCUGAGAUAUAUACUCUACAGAACAUGGGUAUUGGGGACAUCAUAGAAGUCCAUGGCAGAAAAUUUUUGAUCCAAGGAGCGGAUAAAGCAGUGCUUAAAUACAUACAGGAGGAGGAUACAUUUCUUCCACCAGGGUUCAGAGAGAAGUUGGAAGAGUAUUUGAGCUCAUCAACUGGUUUGGAGAGAUCUGUGGAGCAUGUGAGGAUACCUGUUGCCUGAUUCACACCCACACCAACUUCAAUCUUUCUGUAUUUUUCAGUUUAUCAGUUUUCAUCGGAACGGAAUUGGACGGUUAUUCUUAUAAAGAUCUGUCAGUAAAACAUCUUUGAACAAUUUUAA